CAAAACCCCGUCCAGCCAACAGGGAAAGAGUGAGCGGGAUAAACCAACAUCCUUGCAGAGGCACAGCAGCAAUGUGAAAAAAGACAAGGGAAAAAACUUUUCAGACCCUUUUGAGAUCUCAAAAACCUCUUUCCUUGCCGUCUCUCCUCCUUCACAAGCUCAUCAUGAAGCUUGUGGGACACCUCUGCAGCUUAAAACAAGCCAGGAAUGGACAGAGUUGAGAUUUAUUCACUGAAAAAAGAAGGGGACGCUCUGGAGAGAAAGGACGCAAGAACGACUGCUACUGAGCAUCCAGGCGACUGGGCUGCACUUUCUUCCCCCAAAUCCAUCCACCAGGUUCAGCUGCUUUGAUCUUGGCCACAAUGACAUCUCCUGGCUUUUGGGACCUGUGGGCUUUGGCUGGCUGUGGACUUUUCCUGCUUGUCCACGGGCAACAUUCCCAGGGAGACAACGGACACUGGAGGCAAAUGAUUCAGUGGGAAAACAACGGCAGAGUAUACAGCCUCCUGAACACAGGCUCAGAGUACGUGCCUGCAAGUCAUGUGCGAGCAGAUAGCAGCGCAAGAGUCUUGCUGGCAGACACCGCCGCAAGCCAAGGGAGAAGGCCACAAGGGAACACCAGGCGACAGGCGCCCAGUUUGCCUGUCAGGUCAAGUUCCGACACCAUCCGGGGACACACACGACAUCCGUUUGGCUUUGGACAAGUCCCGGACAACUGGAGGGACGGGCCCACCGGGGAUAGCAGUGCCAAUUCCCAACGACCCCGCUCACCCACCACUCGACAGCGACAGGUUGGGGCCGCUUCUUCCUCUUCUGCCUCUUUCUCCUCUUUUGGACAGCUCUACCCCCAGGCCUCCUACCCUCAGCCACCAUUUGUCAAUCAGUACGAGACAUACGACCCCCAGGUGCCCCGUACAUAUGACGAGAGCUACACCUACUAUCAGAGCACAGGAGCGGGAGGGGGUGCCGUGGCCGCAGCCGCAGCCAGUGCAGGAGUUGUAUACCCUUUCCAGCCCAGGGUGAGGUAUGAGGAUUAUACAGAGGACCAGAAUCCUUAUCGGGCCCAAGGGUACUACCCCACCCAGGAGAGAUCCUACGUGCAGGUACCGCAGCAGCUUCAGCCCUCUGAUGGCCUAGACAGAAGGUUCUCCCACAGCCUCUAUCACAACACUGGAACUAGCUAUGACCAAAGCGUCCAACAGGACCCUUAUUCCUCCACCCAGAACCAACAGGCGGCGGGACAAGGGGUCCCCGUGGCAGAUAACUUGCAUAUCAACUCUGGAUCUCCUGUGAGUACCGGCACUAGAUACGGGAAUGAGCCGUGGCCAGGGCAAUAUCCUCCUUUUGGAGAAACGCAAGCGGAGUCCUACAUUCCUCCUCGCGUGGAAUCACAGCCACCUUUCCGGUCCUUAGACUCCAAUGGGGUCCCUAGGCCUGAACCCUACCUUCCUAUCAGGAAUGCUGAACCUCCCCAGCUGAUUCCAGACAACCAAGGUGUUAACCAAGCACGGGUCAGCGUGGGCAGCAUCUACAGACCCAAUCAGAAUGGACGGGGCCUGCCUGAUCUUGUACCAGAUCCAAACUACGUCCAGGCUUCGACUUACGUCCAGAGAGCUCACCUCUACUCCCUCCGCUGUGCCGCCGAGGAGAAAUGCCUCGCAAGCACCGCUUAUACCCCUGAAGCUACAGACUAUGAUGUCCGAGUUCUGCUGCGCUUCCCCCAGCGAGUGAAGAACCAAGGCACUGCGGAUUUCCUGCCCAACCGGGCUCGGCACACCUGGGAGUGGCACAGUUGCCAUCAGCAUUACCACAGCAUGGAUGAGUUCAGCCACUACGACUUGCUCGAUGCCGCCACAGGCAAAAAGGUGGCGGAAGGCCACAAGGCAAGCUUCUGCCUAGAGGACACUACCUGUGAUUUCGGGAACCUCAAACGCUACGCCUGCACGUCGCACACACAGGGUCUGAGUCCAGGAUGCUACGACACUUACAACGCGGACAUCGACUGCCAGUGGAUUGAUAUCACAGAUGUGCAGCCUGGGAAUUAUAUCCUCAAGGUCCAGGUGAACCCCAAAUAUAUCGUGAUGGAAUCAGACUUCACCAACAACGUAGUGCGAUGUAACAUCCACUACACCGGGCGCUAUGUGGCUACCACGAACUGCAAAAUCUCCCAAUCUUGAUUCCAACUAGGUUGAUAUGAGGGCAACCAGCCCCACCAACCCACCCCCCCAUCCCGGCCCCACAAAUCCCAAACUAUUUCAAGCUGGCAGGAUAUGGAGAAGAAAUUAUUUCCCAGCAUCCCACCUCAACAAGAGAUGAAAGUCAUGACUUCCGUUUGAAAACACAAGUUGAAUAAGAGUUGUCACUUUAAAUACUUUUAUAAAUACUUUGUCUUUAAUCUC